AUGGUAAAUGCUCAAGGAGUGAAGCAUACCAGAGAAGGUACGCAUAAGGAGCACAUAGGUUCUUAUGAGAACCACACAGAUACAUAUAAGGAGCCCAUGAGUAUGUACAGGGAGCACACAGGUAUGAAUAAGGAGGCCACAGGCCCUUCUAAGAAACACAUGGGUACACCCGCAGCACGCUAUAGCUCUGCAACAUGUGAUGCUUCCAAGGAGAAAGAGGAUGCUAGGAAAUGCUUGGUUCUAGAAUUUCUUGCAUUUUUAUGGGCUGAAUUGAGCACUGAAGCCAAAGAAGACAAAGAAGAACAGACCUGCCGGUUGCUGGGCAAGUUUGAUUUGAAUGGGUAUGUAGAUGCCGAAAACCAUUCCCUUGUUAUUGGAGGACUGUUUCCUAUUCACUCCAGGACCAUCCCAGCAAAUGAGUCUAUUUUGGAGCCAGUAUCAGCAAAAUCUGAUUGGUUUAACUUUCGGAGAUUCGGCUAGAUGAAAGCCAUGAGCCACAUGAUCAAGCAGAUUAAUAAGAGGAAGGAUAUUUUGCCCAACAUCACUUUAGGCUAUCAGAUCUUUGAUACCUGUUUUACCAUCUCCAAAUCAGUGGAAGCAGUUUUGGUAUUUCUUACAGGGCAGGAAGAAAACAGGCCCAAUUUUAGGAACAGCACUGGAGCAUUUCCGGCAGUAAUUGUUGGAGCAGGUGCAUCAUCCUUAUCAGUUGCUGCUUCAAGAAUUCUAGGAUUAUAUUAUUUGCCUCAGGUGGGCUAUGCUUCUACCUGUGUGAUUCUCAGUGACAAAUACCAGUUUCCAUCUUAUCUUCAUGUAAUAGCCAGCGAUAAGAUCCAGUAAAAGGCCAUGGUAAAACGUAUCCAACACUUUCACUUUCUCACGCUGUCGCCCAGGUAUAUAGUAGAAGACAUCAAAUUUGCUGACGGAUUGGACCUGGAAGUGUUUUACAUCAAACAAUUAGAGGACAAUACAAAUAAUGAUUUAAGUCAUAAUGGUAAACUGAGUCUGGUGGUUGGUGAGAAGCUUUCCCAUUCAGUGUGUACUGAUGUGUGUCCUCCUGGGACUCAGAAGGGGAUUCGUCAGGGGGAACCAAUAUGCUGCUUUGACUCCAUUCCAUGUGCCGAUGGACAUGUGUCACGGAAACCAGGUGAAAGGGAGUGUGAACAAUGUGAUGAAGACUAUUGGUCAAAUGCACAAAAGAGCGAGUGUGUGCUGAAAGAGGUGGAAUACCUUGCUUAUGAUGACGCCCUGGGAUUCACACUUGUCAUUCUUUCUGUCUUUGGGGCAUUUGUGGUCUUGGCAGUCACAACUGUGUAUGUGAUACACAGGCACACUCCCCUGGUGAACGCCAGUGACCGGCAGCUGAGCUUUCUCAUUCAGGUUUCUCUGAUCAUCACGCUGCUGUCGUCCAUGCUUUUCAUUGACAAGCCAAACAAUUGGUCCUGCAUGGCCGGCCAGGUCACUCUGGCACUGGGCUUUUCUCUUUGCCUGUCUUGCCUUCUUGGAAAGACUAGUUCACUGUUUUUAGCCUACAGAAUUUCCAAAUCCAGAACUCAACUUACAUCCAUGCGCCCGCUUUAUCAGAAAAUCAUUGUGCUAAUCUCCGUUCUAGUGGAGAUUGGCAUAUGUACAGCCUACUUGGUAUUGGAACCUCCCAUGGUGUACAAGAACAUGGAACCUCAAAAUACAAAGAUCAUUCUGGGAUGUAAUGAAGUUUCCAUAGAGUUUUUGUACUCGAUGUUUGGAAUUGAUGCCUUCCUAGCCCGGCUAUGCUUUCUUACAACUUUUGUGGCUCGCCAGUUACCAGAUAAUUACUGUGAAGGAAAAUGCGUUACCUUUGAGAUGCUUGUCUUUUUCGCCAUCUGGAUCUCUUUUGUCCCUGCUUAUUUGAGCACCAAAGGCAAGUUCAAAGUGGCUGUGGAAAUAUUUGCAAUCUUGGCAUCCAGCUAUGUUUUGUUGGGUUGUAUAUUUGCUCCUAAGUGUCUCAUUAUUUUGCUGAGGCCACAGAGGAAUGCCAGUGAAAUUGUUAGUGGAAGUGUCUCCACCACAGAUAAUAGCAUCCAACUGACCUCAGCUUCUGUGAGCAGUGAGCUUAACAAUACCACAGUGUCAGCUGUUCUGGAUGACUAG